UUAUGCGCCCAACUUAUAAGACCGGCAGUUCCAUGCUAGACAUCCACAGCGAUAAAUAAGAGUUACCUCCUCGCAGCCGUCCACCAUCAUGAGCAUCCAACAACCCCCUUCUCUUGACGAGCUCCCUUCGUAUUCCCAUGUGAACCCGACCUCCUCCAGCCCGACCUUGCGCGCGCAGAAGUACCCGCUCAGCCGUGGCGACGCCUCACCCUGGCUCACGCUCACGCUGGUCUCGCCUGCCGCACUGACAACCAAGAGUAGCUUGCCGGUGUACGUUGAUGGGCUUCCAGUCGGCGGGUCCGUCAAACUCGACUUGACGAAGGAAGACGCGAUUGAGGCGGUCCACGUUACGGUCAGCGGCUUUGUGACACGUACAGAUAUGUACGCGCUCGAGCGCAUCCCAUUCGUGACGGUCUCCCAGACCGUCUGGGAUCGCUCUAUGGGCGACCCGCGCGCCCCGUCCUCUGGCCCAUACCAGGGUAAACUGUCGGGCAGCCUCGAAUGGCCUUUUUCAAUCGAGUUGCCCAGGAAGGCGUGGAUCUCACUGAAAGAUAAGGGCCUGGAGACUCCAAAGGAAUAUACACUGCCACCUGCAUUCCAAAGCAAGAUCAGCUUCAAGUGGGCCGUUGCGUAUGAAGUGAAGGUGAAAGUGGAGCGACGUUUCUUCCGGCCCAACGACGCUAUGCCGGUGGCCGUUGGGUAUGUUCCUGUCGUGAAACCGGGUAUUGCGUCCCCACUCCGUCAGCUGGCGUACCGAGAAGCGUCGCCGGAGCUUGUUGGACCAGAUGAUGAUCCGGAGGGAUGGGCGGGGUGCGAUCCUGUCGCACUGAAGGGAACAUUGUUUGGCGAACGAGAAGUAGAGGUUGUCACGAAGCUUUGGAUGGCAAAGCCGUUGAGCUAUCCCCGCGGUUCCGUCAUCCCGCUCUUCCUCGCGCUGGUGUCGUCAGACGAGCAAGCGCUCGAUGUUCUCGGCGCGCCGUCCUCACCCGCGGUGGACCUCGUCGUUCAUCUCGACUUCGAGUCGAAGAAGAUAGCAGGGCGAGACAAGUAUUCGGACGACUCGUAUCAUCAUCGAAAGAUAACGUGGGCCAGCGCACGUUGGUGGGUGCCCGCUGGCGACCAGAAAAAGGUCGCAGGAAAACGCGCACUGCACGGCGAGCUGCAUCUGGCACCUGAUCUCGUGCCGAGCUUCGUAUUCUCCUCCCUCAGCGUAUCCUAUCAAGUGGUCAUGUAUGACUUCGAGGCCACUGGGUUCAAACCCAGGAGCUCCGGGCGCUCCUCAAGUACGACAGAAGGCGGUUUGACAGAACUGGUGGCCCAGACGGUAGAGGUUGGGACAGUCUGGCCGGACGGCCCACGGCCGCGCUCGUUCACGCCCCCAGCGUAUGGGCCGCCGAAGAGGCAGGUCGGACUGAACGGGUUUUAUCCCUGGGGUGGAGGCAAGCCUUACGAAGAAUGAGCGAAUUGUCAACAUAGAUGUCAACCAUCGUGUGACCAUGUAUUCGUCCUUGUUGCACUGAAUGCAAGGGGUUGACCCACGUCAGACCGUGAUCUAUUCACUAGAUCCGAUGAAGACGAAGAAGUUGAAGAUCG